UGGAGGCAAUACGACUAAAACAAAUUAAUGCGAGAUCCUGCACAGAGGAGGAAACAAAGUAAAAUAUUACAGAAUCCCGCUGGCCGGACAAUGAAGAUAAUUUAGUCAUUGAAUGGGGUAGAAGAAGAAGCGGAGGCCAAUCUCCGCUCACCGCCAUCUUUUGCUUGGACGAAGAAGAAGAAGAAUAGGGUCGUUGGGAAUCAUGAAUCCUGGAGGGAACCUUUGAUAAUUUCAGCUGUGCAUCGUCUUUAUGGGCAUUCCUCCAAAGCAGACAGCUAUCCAACCUUGUGUCUUAAACUUGUCAUUCGUUCAUGGGCCUACGAGACGUGUUGCGUGUGGCCGGCUGGACUGUGCUGCCCAAUAUGGGAAGUUUAGCAGGCUUCUAUGUCAUACAAGCCAACUCAGACGACUUUCAGCUGAAAUUUGACAUUGCCCGUCGGUUUCCCAAGGGCAAUUCACAAGUUGCCAUAUGGACAGCCUUCAACGUUGGAAUGGGAUACUCAGCCUACUUAGUACACCGCGACGGUGGAGGACUGGACGGACAAGCCAGAGUUCCCAUUGCUUUCUACCUGGUCAGUCUAUCCUGCAACUGGGCGUGGCCCGCAUUCUUCUAUGACAGGACCAAGUUUGCCAUUGCACUUCUGGACACUGUAGCGCUAUGCUGUGCCAUUGGAGCAUUGACUGCCAUGUACCGACCAAUCAACACUAUGGCCGCCAUUCUGACUCUCCCGUGUUUGUCCUGGAGUCUGUACGUCACUCUGUUCACCUAUCGCGUCUGGAAACAUGGACACCGCAGGAAGUGGCGCGGCGUAAAAUAAGUGCCCGUCGGAGUAGGUGCUCCUUUACUGCGCCAAUAUAGCCGAUACGUUAUAGUAAUGAAUAAAAUUUUAUUGUAAUCUGC